GAGAGAGAGAGAGAGAAGAGAGAGAGAGAGAGAGAGAGGGAGGGGGGAGCUAGGGACAGAGGGGAGGCAGUGAGUGUGGUGUGUGUGAGAGGAGCUGUCAUACCUGCUGCUCUCUCACUGCUCCAAUAUUUAACAAGGGAUAUCAGGGAACCGAUGCUGCUGCUCUGGGACAAGCCUAAACUGUGGAGACAGCCUGUCUCAGAGGUGUGUGGACAGUCAGUCUGCUGCUACUGCUACUGGUGGUGGAGACACCACUGCAUCUAAGAGUCUGAUGGAGGAGGAGGUCACAGAGCCCGAUCCUCACACCCUGGAGUCCUCCAGCAUUUACCUCGCUCCUCUGGGGACGCACUCUGAGGUGAAUGGGGACUUGCCGGGGAACCCGAACCCGAGGGACGGGACGUUGGACGUGAUGGAGAGUCCAGUCAGGGAGCCUGUGGUGCUGCAGCAUCCUGCCCAGUGCAAUCACAGCCUCCACUGUGGCGAGAAGAUGCCGUUCCAUCAUGUGACGGCAGGUCUGCUCUACAAGGGAAACUACCUGAGCCGCUCGCUGUCGGACAGUGACAGUGACGUCCUGGCCAAUAUCUCUGUGGAGGAGCUGGACGAGAUCCGUGAGGCGUUCAAGGUGUUGGAUCGUGAUGGAAAUGGGUUUAUUUCCAAACAGGAGCUGGGAAUGGCCAUGCGCUCUCUGGGUUACAUGCCCAGUGAGGUGGAGCUGGCAAUCAUCAUGCAGAGGCUCGACAUGGACGGUGACGGGCAGGUUGACUUCGAAGAGUUCAUGACCAUCCUGGGACCCAAGCUCCUGUCAUCUGAAACCAGAGAAGGCUUCCUGGGCAGCACAAUCGAUUCCAUCUUCUGGCAGUUCGACAUGCAGACGAUCACCCUGGAGGAGCUCAAACACAUCUUGUUCUACGCCUUCCGGGACCAACUGACCAUGAAGGACAUAGAGAACAUUAUCAUUACUGAAGAGGAGAGUCUAAAGGAAAACUCCGGGAACUGUCAGACAGAGUUUGAGGGAGUUCACCAGUCCAAGCAGAACCGACAGACGUGUGUGAGGAAGAGCCUCAUCUGCGCCUUUGCCAUGGCAUUCAUCAUCAGCGUCAUGCUCAUCGCAGCCAAUCAGAUGCUGAGGAAUGGCAUGGAGUAGCCGUGUGCCACUGUGAGCGGGGGACCUGCCAGCCUGCAUGUGCAUGCCAGUGGGUGAGGUCAAAGGACUGCAAGCAGUGAUGCUCCGAUGUAAUCAACCACUAAGCCCUAUUUUAAAAAAUAAUAUUUUUUAUUUCUCCUCCUCCAAAUGAGUCGACACCUCCUCCUGCCACCAGAUGUCCAAUAAAACUGUGAAGCCAGCAUGAGGAGUCAUGCGGGACUCCUCCCACUUUUCUCUGACAGGGACACUCAAGGGCUGACAUUACACGUAACACUGCUGUUGUCUCUGUUUCCCUGAUGCAAUAAAAAGAAAAUAUUAGAAUUGUUAGAAGAAAAACACAACGUCGAGUGCAGUAGUUCAGAGCUGCCAGCUUCUUCAGCAGGUUGUGACGUUCAACUCUGCCCAUGUGUCACCCACCGACAGUCUGAGGAGCCACAGGAAACGGUUGCCCUCUCAUUAGAUCGUUCCUGAAAAGAUGACGGCCAGGCUCACCGCCACUCAAGCUGAAGGAUCUUUAAGCUCCAGGUCGCAGCUCCCGGAGAUCUCGCUGUGCUACGAUGCUUUAGCUCGCCAACUUUCUAUUUUCAACUCCUGUGUGUGUGUGUGUGGGGGGGGGUUGGGGGGGGGGGGCAGUUCAGAGAAGGUUUAAGUUUCAGCUUGUGUUUGACUUAGCUGAUGAUAAGCAGACCAAGGGGAUCUGUCGUUAAUGUUGUUAGAAAGAUACCAAAAACGUAUUGUAGUAAAGAGAGGAAGGCUCCACUCUCCAGCUCUCUCCCUGUUUUAAUAUCCUCUGUAGAGCCCAGUGCACCAGGAGUUCAUUAUCAGGUUGAUUUACUUCAAAAUUUCAGUCCAUUUCCUUCUCCUCGUUCGCCCUAAAUGGCUGUGGACAACCGCUGAGCGCCUGUUCCACUCAGAUGUGUCUUGGUGUUUAGGAGGAGCGAAUAAGAACACGCGUACUGAGGUUUUCCACUUCAGAAAGCCUGAAUUACACCUUUCUCACUAAUUGAAGUUAAUUUGAUGAAAAGUGAAGGAGGCGAGGGCGUUAGGAGAGAUGACAGCACAGAGUAAAAGAUAAGACAGGAGAAGACAUUACUGCAGUAACUCGUUUUGUUUAUUGUUGUUGUUGUUGAUGACACCAAAAAAUAUAAUGUUGUUCUUUAGGUUCUUUGUUUAUGUGUUUAAUGAUUAAACAGCUUUAUCUCAAAUUAUUUUAUACUGGGAAACAGACCAA